CACCAACCAACCGCGAUGCCCCCAGCCCACCCCCUCCCACCCAACUCAAACGCCAACCUCGCGACCAACCCGCCGCGACUGUCGCCGGCGACGCCCGCGAUGUCGAAGGCCGCCGCCGCAGCGUCCCUCCCGCCGCCGCCGCCGGAGGUGGCGCACCUUGUGGAGCAGCUCCAGCGGAACCACCUCGCCCCCGACGCGUCCCUCCUCUCCAACUCCGCGCACUCCGACCUCCUCCAGGCGCGCGAGGAGGUCGCGGCGGAGCGCGCGCUCUACCUCGAGGCACUGGCGGUGUACGCGGAGGCGGUGGCCAUGGUGGAGGAGUACCAUGCGGCAGGCGGUGCUGGCGCCGGCAAGAAGCUCAACUGCUCCCCGCAGGUGUACGAGUCUUUGGAGCACCGUUUGGCUGUCGCGGAGGCAGCACAAAGGUUGAGGCUCCCACUUCUCUCGCAGGACGGGGAGGUCCAUGAGGAGGAGAUUGAAAAGCUGAGCACCUUGUCAAGGAGCUCAUUUGAUAGUACUCUGACAAGUGCCACACCCAGCUCAAGCUCAAUAUCGACAAGUUACAAUAAUUAUAGCAGCACCGCUAGUGCAUUGACUGUUGGUGCUGCGCAUGGUGGUAGUAGCUCAGAGGCAGUUGAACCUGGAGUUGGGGGUGUUCCUGAUCGUUUUCUUGGAAUCACAUCUGAUUAUCUCUACCAAGUGCAACAAGAGCAGCCAGCCAUGUCUGUGGACAUGGUCGAUUAUCAGAGAACUUUGGCUAGGGAGAUUGAAGCCCGGUUAGAAGCCAAGUGUGAUGCAUUAGCUGAUCUAUUUGCUAUGGAUGAAAGGGAUUCAUCAUCCAUCAGUCAAAUCUCAAGUGCCAGGCUUCCAGAAAGGGUGAAGUUAAUCAUCGAAGAGAUAGAGAAGGAAGAGGCACAUUUACUGGAGGAUCUUGCAUCGAUGGAUAGAAAAUUUGCUGAACACUAUAAUGUCCUGGAGCAAAUUCUUGCUGUGCUUAUACAGUUUGUUAAAGACAAGAAACUUGAGCAUCAGCACCAAUAUGAUGAUCUGAAGAAGACCUGGCUUAUCAAAAGGUGUCGGACAAUGAAUGCUAAAUUAAGCUAUCUAGAGCAUCAUUUAUUGCGUGACACCUACACCAAGGAUACUGUACCAGCACUGCACAGGAUCAGAAAGUAUCUUGUAGAGGCCACGAAAGAGGCAUCCAAUUCCUAUAAUGAAGCGAUUUCACGAUUACGUGAGUAUCAGGGCGUGGAUCCACAUUUCGAUGUGAUUGCAAGGCAGUACCACGAGAUUGUAAAGAAACUGGAGGGCAUGCAGUGGACAAUUCACCAGGUGGAAAUGGAUCUGAAACCUCACCAUGAUCACGCGGCUGUCUGAAAACCAUUUUUCUUGUAGACCAUGUUUGAUACAUGAAUGCUGUGGAUGUAAUCAUGUUAGUGGAUGCUAUCAUGUGAUUUGACUUGACGAUGUGCUGUUUUGUUGCUCCAGACCAAUCAGGCUGGAUAGGUCUUUGUAAAGUUUCAUCUGAACAUGCAAUGUAUACGGAGAAUAUUUCUGUUUGUGUUAUGCAUCUUGUUAUUUUAUCUUCUA